AUGAAACCAUCUCGUUUAAUACGUCGUUUUAAUAAAAAAGGUCGUCAACAAAAAAAAAUUGUUAUUGAACAAAAUCCAUCAGCAAAUGUGAUUGUUGAAGGAGAGUCAACAACAGCUGACAAUAAUUCAAUUUUACCAUCAAAAAAACGAAAAACUCAUUCUGUUAGUCAAAUAACAACACCUAGCAAACGUAAAUUAUCAAAAAAAGAACGUAAACGUCUGGAAAAAGUACUCGAUGUUAAAAAGAAAAAAGCUAAACGAGUUGAAUUACUUGAUAAAUUAGGACAAAUACAAAUUUCUAAUGAUGAAUUAGCUCUUCUUCAUUCAGUAAAAAAUAUUGGUAGCAAAACAAAACGUCAACCGAUUGAUAUUCAAGUUUCAACAACAAAUUCUUCUACUUCAAUUAAUUUUAAUCAACGUUCUAGAAAACGUCCAGCUCAAGUAUCUACAGAAAUAAUUCAAAAUGAUUCAGAAUCAAGUUCAAAUGAUGAUGAUGAAACUAUUAAUGAUGAAGAUAUUCGUAAAGCUUUACUUCCUUCUCAACCAACAACAACAACACCUAUUCCUCCACCUCCCAUCAAACGACGACAACGUCAAAGUAGUACAAGUAGUGUCGAAGAAACUAAAGUCGAUAUUCCAGCUCGACCACAUGCAAAUGUUCAAGUUGAACGUAGUGAAGAAAUUCAAGCAAUACGUUCACAAUUACCAAUUAUUACUGAAGAACAGGCUAUCAUGGAAGCUAUUCAUGAUAAUCUUGUUGUUCUUAUUUGUGGAGAAACUGGUAGUGGUAAAACAACUCAAUUACCUCAAUUUCUUUAUGAAGCUGGUUAUACUCUUGAUGGUAAAAUGAUUGGUAUAACUGAACCACGACGUGUUGCUGCUAUAUCAAUGGCAUCACGUGUUGCAUAUGAAUUAAAUUUAACAAAUGAUCAAGUUUCAUAUCAAAUACGUUAUGAAGGUACAUAUAAAAAAGAAACAACAUGUAUUAAAUUUAUGACUGAUGGUGUUUUAUUAAAAGAAAUACAAAAUGAUUUUUUAUUAACAAAUUAUAGUUGUAUAUUGAUCGAUGAAGCACAUGAACGUAGUAUUGCAACAGAUGUUUUAAUUGGUUUAUUAUCACGUAUUGUACCAAUACGUUGUCGACGUAAUGAUCCACUUCGUCUUGUUAUUAUGUCAGCAACAAUGCGUAUUGAAGAAUUUAUUAAUAAUAAAUAUUUAUUUAAAUUAAAACCAAAAAUUAUUAAUAUUGAUGCAAGACAAUAUCCAGUUACAAUACAUUUUAAUAAACAAACACCAAAAAAUUAUAUUAAUGAAGCUUAUAAAAAAAUUUGUAAAAUUCAUCGACAAUUACCAUCCGGUGGUAUUCUUAUUUUUGUUACUGGUCAACAAGAAGUUAAAACAUUAUGUUAUCAAUUAAAAAAAAAAUUUCCUAUAAAAAUACAAACAGAAAAUGAUGGUAAAAUUUGUUUUGAAUAUAUUUCUAAUGAGUAUUAUAUUCCAUUGGGUAUAUGUCUCAGCAAUUUUUAUUUCUAUGAUGAACCACAUUUUAAAUCAAAAAAAUCGAAAAAGAAAAUACAAACAAAAACAAUCGUCGAUAAAUCUUCAUUAGAUAUUAUUGAUGAUGAAGAACUUGAACAUUUACAAUCGGAUAUUGAAGAAGAUGAAGAAAAAGAUAAAGAAUGUUCAAUAACAAGUGAUCUUGAUGAUGAUGAUGAUGCAGAUAUUAAUGUAAAAGAAAUAUCUAUUGAACCACUUUAUGUUCUUCCACUUUAUGCAAUACUUUCAUCAGAAAAACAAGCUCGUGUAUUCAAACCUCCACCACCUGGUACACGUUUAUGUGUUGUAGCAACAAAUGUUGCUGAAACAUCCAUUACAAUAUCAAGUGUAAAAUAUAUAGUCGAUUGUGGCAAAGUUAAAACAAAAUAUUAUGAUAAAUUAACUGGUGUAUCAACAUUUCGUAUUGAAUGGACAUCAAAAGCAUCAGCUAAUCAACGAACAGGUCGUGCUGGUCGUACAGCACCUGGUCAUUGUUAUCGACUUUAUUCAUCAGCUGUAUAUAAUGAUUUAUUUUCGGAAUAUACAUCACCAGAAAUUGUUCGAAAACCUGUUGAAGAUCUUGUUUUACAAUUAAAAACAUUAAAUAUUGAUCGUCUUGCUAAUUUUCCAUUUCCAACAUCACCUGAUUUAAAAGCAAUUAAUGUUGCUGAACAAAUUCUUAUUCAAUUAAAUGCAUUAGAUAAUAAAUCAUCAACAAAAAAAAUUACUGAAUUAGGUCGUCGAAUGUCAGCAUUUCCAAUUAAUCCAAGAUAUUCAAAAAUGCUUGUUAUUGCUCAAGAAAAUCAAGAUUUAUUACCAUAUGUUAUUACACUUGUUGCAGCACUUAGUGUUAAUGAAGUAUUAAAUAGUGGACAAGUUAAAAUUCAAAAAAAUAAUCAAGAAAUUAAUAUUAAUUUAGAUGAUUUAAGACGACAAUGGAUCGGACAAGGUGAAUCACUUUUACUUGGUGAUAUGAUGGUUUUACUUAAAGCAGUUGGUGCAUUAGAUCAUCAAAAUUCCAAAAAUGAUCUAUCUAUUUGUAUGCAUUAUGGAUUACGACCAAAAGCUAUGACUGAAAUUCGUAAAAUUCGUCGACAAUUAAUACAAAUUGUGAAAUCAAUAUUACCAGAAACAGCAUCAAUACUUGAUGCUCGUCUUUUACCACCAAGCGAACAACAAAUAUGUCUAUUACGUAAAGUACUUGCAGCUGGUAUGGUCGAUCGUUUAGCCAAACGAAUCGAAGGAUCUGUUAUAAUUAAUGGUCAUAAAGCAAAUAAUGCUUAUCAGACUCUUCUACUUGAUGAACCGGUAUUUAUUCAUCCAUCAUCAGUUCUUAUUAAUGAUUUACCAUCAUUUAUUUGUUAUCAAGAAGUACAUGAAACAAAUCGAAUAUUUAUCAAAGAUAUUUGUGCUAUUCAAAUGGAUUGGAUUGUUCAAUUAAAUCCACAUUUAUGUUCAUUUGGUCCUAUUGAAGAUGAUCCUCAACCACGUUAUGAUGAAAAUCAAGAUAAAAUGCUUUGUCAUCGUAAAGCAACAAUAGGUCAACGAGUAUCAUGGUCACUUGGUUCAUCAAUUGAAACAAUAUUUCCAACUAAUACAAAUGAUCGUUAUCGUUGGUUUGGAAAAUAUUUUCUUGAUGGUAUUAUUUGUCCUCGUCUUUUACAAUUUCGUUCAACUUUAUUAUGUUCAUCAAAUGCUAUGGUUAAAUCAUGGGCAUCACUUAUGGAACGAACACAAUUAUUUCUUAAUGCAUUAGUAAUAAAAGAAAUUGAUAAUCGAACAAAAUUAAAAGAAAUUUGGUCAAUUGAACCAAAAUAUCUACUUGAUGUUUAUUGUAAUUGGUUACCAGAAUCAUUACAUGCACAAGUUAGAUCUAUAUGGCCACCAAUACCAUUUGUUUUGGAAAAAUAA